GUAAAUUUCAAUUAGAUCAAAACAUACAUAUACAUAUAUAUAGAUCUAUAACACAAGAUCAUGCUUGAUGGAACUUUAUGGAUAGAAUACAAUAGUACAUGUAGUGGAAAUAUAAGUACUACUGGUAUUAUAAAGCUGGAAUAUUCUUUACCAAUAUUAAUACUUAGCAUAAUUGCUUUAAUAUUAAAUGGAUUAUGUAUUUCAAUAUUUUCAAGACAACACAGAAAAUCAGUUAUGAGAACAAGUUUACUUGUUUUAUCAGCUACUGAAGUACUGUUUCAUUUUUUUGUUUGUAUAGAGUAUACUACACAACUUAUAUGUUCAUCAAAUCCACGAAUGAUAAGUCCUACAGAAUUUAUAUUAUUUGCUCUUAUUAAUUGGGGUUCUGAUUGUUCUUUAUGCACACGUAAUUGGUGUAAUGUAUUAAUUACAUCAGCUCGUACAGAGGUAGUUGUUUAUCCAAUGCGUAAACGACGUAUACUUUCACAUUCUUCAAUAAAAUUUAUUUAUGGAUUUUUAUGGAUUCUAUCUGGAUUUCUUGCUAUUGUACGUGCAUUUUAUGAUUAUGCAAUUGUCUGUAAUUCAUCAAAUAAUCAAAUGAAUAAUCUAAUUAUACAAUCAAGUGAAACAUCACUAUUAGAUACAAAUAAAUUAGAUUUAUCCAAUGAUUUUAAUCAAAAAACAAAUCCUAUAACAUAUAUUGAUGCUUUAUUAGCUCAAUAUAUCAUUAUUAAUUAUGAAGCAUAUUGUUUUUUCAUAUUUCAAGUGAUUGCACCAACAUUAAUUGUUUUAAUCAUGUCAUUUAUUAUAUCAUUUUAUGUUUCACCAUGGCGUGAUACUAAAAUUAUUGAAGUAACCAAUGUACGUCGAAGACAUCAAAUGAAAGCUACAAGAACUAUAUUAUUUUUAGCUAUUUCAUUUCUGUGCUUUCAAACACCUAGUUUUAUUUUAGUUAUUGUACAACAUUAUACUAAUUUAAAAAUUGAAUUUCAAUUAGCUAAAUUAGUUGCUGAUUUAUUAUUAACAUUUGAUUCUAUUAUUAAUAUAAUGAUUUAUGCAAUCGGUUUACCAAGUUUUCGGGAUUAUUUAAAUCGAAUGUUUAUUUGUUUAUGUCCUUGGAAUAAUAUUAUUAAUAAUAAUAAUAUUAAUAUUGGUAACAAUAAUAACAAUAGUAAUCGUAUUCUGUUAAAUUCAGUUGCUAUGCCCCAAUCCGAAUUUCAUCCAAUCUCAUAUCAUAAUAAUAAUUCAAAAAUUACACAAUUAAAAGCAACACAUUCAUUUAAUUGGAAUAAUUAUCGUCAUGGUAUUUAUGGUUCACAUAGAGAUAAUUCUUUUCAACAUAAAGAUAAUCAUUCACAUUGUCAUUAUCGUUCAUUACAUGAUAAGAAACAAUGUCAAUAUACCAAUAAUAAUAAUAAUAAUAAUAAUAAUAAUAAUAAUAAUAAUACUAUAGAUUCCAUUGAAAAUUCACAAUGUAAAAAUAUAAAUGAAGAUUCAUUGAGUAUUAGAGAAAGAGAAAUAUGUGAUGAUAUGUAA